CACCAACACGUGUGGUACAGAGAGUUUUUUUUUUUUUUUUGCCGGCUGCUGGGAGUUCCGCAAUGAAGUGUCAUUACGAGGUUCUCGGGGUCCGCACAGACUGCACGGAUGACGACCUCAAGAAAGCUUACAGGAAGCUGGCACUGAAAUGGCACCCGGAUAAGAACUUGGAUAACCCAGAAGAAGCUGCUGAGCAGUUUAAAUUGAUCCAGGCAGCUUAUGAUGUUAUAAGUGACCCACAGGAAAGAGCUUGGUAUGAUAACCACCGGGAUGCCCUGUUGAAAGGAGGGGUGGAUGGGGAGUACCAGGAUGACAGCCUGGAUCUGGUUCUGUAUUUUACUGUGACUUGCUACUCUGGCUACGGGGAUGAUGACAAGGGAUUUUAUGCUGUAUACCGACAAGUUUUUGAAUCAAUUGUCAAAGAAGAAAUGGAAUCUAAAAUGGGUGAAGAUGUGGAGGAAUUUCCAACUUUCGGAGAUUCACAGAGUGACUAUGACACGAUUGUGCACGCUUUCUAUGCUUACUGGCAAAGCUUUUGUACAAUGAAAAACUUUGCUUGGAAAGAAGAAUAUGACACUAGGCAGGCAUCUAACCGGUGGGAGAAACGGGCCAUGGAGAAGGAGAAUAAGAAGACCAGGGAGAAGGCACGAAAGGAAAGAAAUGAACUGGUCCGACAGCUAGUGGCCUUCAUCAGGAAAAGAGAUAAGCGAGUGCAAGCUCAUCGCAAGCUGGUAGAGGAACAGAAUGCAGAAAAAGCCAAGAAAGUGGAAGCACUUCGUAGACAGCAGAAGUUACAGCACGCUAAGCUGGCAGAGCAAUAUAAGGAGCAGAGCUGGAUGGCCAUGUCUGACCUGGAGAAAGAGCUACAGCAGAUGGAGGCUCAGUAUGACAAGCAGUUUGGGGACCAAUUAGAUGAUGCUGAUGGAGUUGAUACGGAAGAACAGGAAGAAGGCAAAACUAGCGAUGGGGAUGAGGAGGAUGACUUCUUUGAUGACCUUUACUGUCCUGCCUGUGAUAAAGUGUGUCAGACUGAGAAAGCAAUGCGUAAUCAUGAGAAAUCAAAGAAGCAUCGUGAGAUGGUAGCUUUGCUGCGGCAGCAGCUGGAGGAGGAAGAUGAGUUGAAUUCACUUGUAACCAAGGAAAAUGGUAUCCAGGAAGCAGAAAAUGCCUUAUCAGAUGAAGAACCUGAGGAGAUUCCAAAACUUUCAAAAAAGCAACGAAAGAAGAAACAGCAAAAGGCUCCAAAGGUGAUUGAUGACAGCUUUGAGGAGCAACACCCCACAGAGUCUAACCAAAGUCCCCAAGCAGAGCCAAUUAAACCAACUGCUGUUAUAGCAGCAGAGCAGCCGGUUACAGUCCUCCCAGACACAGAUACUGCUACAGAGUUGCAUGAAAACAUCCUUCCUGACACAAACGCCACACCACUGGCAAAUGACACAGAGCCACAAAACGAUGAAGUUAAAAUAGAACCUAAGGUGACUGGGAAGAAAGGCAAAAAUGUGAAAAAGCCAUCAAAGCAGACCACACAGUCAGACAGCCAGACUGCGAAAGAAGGUCCCCUUUACUGUAACACUUGCUCAACAGAAUUUCCAACACGGAACAAACUGUUUACCCAUCUGAAAACAUCAGGACAUGCACUUGCAUUAAACAACCCCACAGGAAACACAGCUGGUAGCAGCAAAAGUAAAAAAGAAAAACGAAAAAAAUAGAUAACUUUACAUGAAUCAAAACUUGAAAUAAGAACUCUUAUGUGUUCUAUAACUUUAUUAUAGCUGAUCUGCCAGCAAUUUGCUUUAAAAUACUGCAUGGAUCACUGUGUGAGUGCCUCAAAGCAGACUUUUGGUGCUGAAAUUCCAGCUGAUCUGGAUUUUAAAAAUAUGUGCUGUACAGUUCCACCCAUCUGUAAAUUUACCUGGUGCUGAUCUGAGAGAUGUAAUCCUUUGUGUUGGUACCAUGGCUCCGCUCAAAUGUUUUGGGGGUGGAAGCAAAUUCGCCUACAUCCAUUGAAAGACAACAUCUCUGUGCUUCACUGUUUUUUCUUUUAUGGAGUCUAUUUUUAUGAUUUAAUGUUGCAAAUUAUCUGAAUAUUGGUAAGCUUUCAGAUGCUUAAAGAGAUACACCAGGGUGGAGAUGAACAUUCUUUUUCUAUAA